AUGGACAGAGCCGCUCAGAUGGAAGCGGCCAGAAUUCUGGCACAGGAGUUCAAGUCGGGAGGUAACACCCGACGUGCCGGUGGUACUCGAGGCGGCGGCAGAGACGUGUUGAGGGGCGGAGGUGGUACCUAUGGUGUUGGAGCUGGACGAUCCUUGACCAAGCCUCGAUCCGAGUUCUCUCGCAGCCCGAUGAAUCGUCCCAUGCCUAUGCAUUCCCGCUCAGCUCUCUCAAGUACCGGCCAAAACAUACCCGCGAAGUCUACUCCUGCCGCUACCAAGGAGGCCACUGUCACGGUUCCAGUCGAUCUCAAGCUUGCCAGUUGGCUUACCAACAGCAACCAGUCUCAGUCUCUUCCAGCCAAACCGGUACCGAAAGCCAACACCACUCUUGGGCCCAACAUCUCGGCUUUAGGAGUUGUCCCUGCUGUCCAGCCUGCUGCCGUUUCCCAGAAUCAAAGCAUUCUGAAGGGGCCGAUGCGUGUAACUGCUCAGACUCAGAGUCCCACAUCUUCAACCAUCAAUAAGACUCACCGGGAUGGGCAAGAGGUUUCGGAUGGCCCCUUCGAGAAGAAGGCUACUUCAACAUCGAAGGGCAAUGGUCUUGACAAGAGCAUACGGACCAGCGAGAACUCAUCAACAGUUCAUACACAGGGUGAAAUCAGUGUCCAGGGUUCAGUCGUCGACACCGCCGUGAGCAGCCAAGCUUCUAAUAUAACCCAAGGGCAGCAGCCAGUCUGUACCGCUGCCGCUGCAUAUGACGGACAGGUUUCCCGGCUCCUUGAGACGGAGUACCCCAAAAACAAGACUCAGAAGACUGCCAACAAAACCGGCAGCAACCUUCAACUCCGCCAGCAGCCAAAGGUUGGUACCUUGCUCUGGGCCUUGCAACACAUUGAAGCAGGAUUGGAGCUCCCGGAUCCGCAGCAGGUCAAGGCUCAUGGAUACCAACUCGAUGGCAAUGGCCCUCACAUCCAGUCUGUGGCUGCCUCGCAAUCAGAUGACGUCAAGGGUGCCGUCUCACAGGGUCGGAAUCAGAAGACCGAGAACGACGAGAACAGAAAUGUCUCGACAGAUGAAAUCAGUUGCGACUGUCCCAAGAGAAGCCACCCUGUUACUGGCCUGGCGGCUUCGAAAUACAAUAUGGACAUAGACGGCGACGUGGGCAUCUCUGGCAUGUCAACUACAGCUCGCAACAAGUUUGCAGUCAACGUCAUCCUUCAUGACCAUUCUAAGCCUGAUUGCCCCGUUCUUCUGAGAACCAAGAUGAAGUACCCGCUGUAUUUUGGGGCAAACCCUGCUACAGCUGACAAUGAUGAUGAUGGAUUGAAUGUCACCGUCUGGGAGGGACCGCACCAAGCGACUCCCCCUACUCAGCAACUGCAGCAACCGUCCAGCAGAGGAAGAGGCAUCAUGUCUUCAAUUUGGGCUGCUUAG